CCAAAGUCCAAAAUAUUCUGUAACAGUCUUUUUGAAUGACUCAGCAGGGGUGAACGUAUUCUUGGUUCGAACGCUUCGGUCCGAGGGUUUCAUCAUCUUCAAUUUUUCAAAGUUCCUGUCGUAAUUCCUGUAUUUGUGAAUUACGACAAUUACAAUUGGUUACGUCAAUCUCGGUGCAGAAAUCAAGAUCAAUCGAAAGAAGGAGAUAGCGCGACAACAGGUGCCGGUUGUUACAAGUCGCGGACGUGAAUUGUGGCAAGUGUGUCAGAAGCGCGAAUCAGCUGGUCAACUAUGCAUUCCGCGAAGACACCGCGUAUUCUUUCGAUCCAGAGUCAUGUAGUGUCAGGCUACGUCGGCAAUAAGAGCGCUACUUUUCCGUUGCAGUUAUUAGGCUUUGAGGUCGAUGCAAUAAAUUCUGUACAGUUGUCUAAUCAUACUGGUUACAAAGCAUUUAAAGGCCAAGUACUCAAUGAUAAAGAUUUAGAGGACCUAGUUGAUGGUUUAGUGCAAAAUGACUUAGACAAUUAUACACACUUAUUAACUGGAUAUAUCGGUUCUGCCUCCUUCUUGAAAAGAGUGGCAUUACUAGUCACAACUUUGAAAGCCAAAAAUCCAAAUCUUAUAUAUGUUUGCGAUCCUGUUAUGGGUGACAAUGGCAAGAUGUAUGUCCCAGAAGCACUGAAAGAAAUUUACAAAGAGGAGAUAAUACCAUUAGCGGAUAUAGUAACUCCAAACCAGUUUGAAUUAGAAUUACUUACAGAUGAAAAAAUCACUAAUAUGAGUGAAUUGCAGAAUGCUAUUAAAAAAUUACAUCGUAAUGGACCAAAAACUGUAGUUAUAUCGUCAACUGAUCUUAGUGAAAAACUGACGGCAGUAGUGAGCGCGGCAGAAGAUAAUACAUUAAUAAAGGUAGAUAUUCCUAAAAUACCAGCAACUUUCACAGGUUCGGGAGACCUCUUUGCUGCGUUAUUUCUUGCCCACGUAUACUUACAAAAUGAUAUGAAAGUCACCAUGGAAAAAACUAUUAAUUCUCUAUAUGGCGUGUUGCUUAAUACAUAUGAAUAUUCUAAAGCGUAUAUAGAUACCGAAGCACAACCAGCCAAGAAAAUCGAAUUACGACUUAUACAAAGUAAAAACAGUAUUGAAAAUCCAAAAAUUCGUCUACUUGCAGAAUUCUUAUAACAUUUAAAGUUAUAGAAAAUAAUUAAAAUAAAUGUUUAAAAUGUUACUUAUAUGUAAUAUUUUUAAAAUUUUUGAUGCUAUAUUACAUAUAGUUUAUAGAAAGAUUUAUCUCAAUAAUUGAACACAUGUUAAGGUGCGUAUUAAUUAAGCAUUUAUUAAGAUAUAUAUCUUAACAUGCGUGUGCAUACAUAUAUAUAGAGAGUAUAAGAGUGGCCGAUUCAUAGUUUAUGAAAUUUGAGUUUGAGCUCAAUCCACGUAUUCGAUUUGUAAAAAGUUAAUAGAAAAAUUGAAGGUAGUGAAUGAUUUUAUUGUGAACGUAACUCGUGUUGGGAAUCCAUUUAUCAACUAUUUAUAAUGUAAAAAAACAUUUGUUGACAUUUACAAUAACACGCGGAGAUGUAUUCUCCAAUAAUCAAACCCCAAAGACCAAUGUACGUCUUCCAAAAUAUAUACAACUUAUUUAUGUA